AUGGAUCUGGAUUCUACUCCUGAACAGGAAGAAAUCAAGGCUUUAAUAGAAGGACCACAAGUGAUUCUUCAAAGACAUGCGAGAUCAACUGCAAAUGCUUCCUAUGAAGAAUUAGUAAGGAAGUUUGGAGAUCCCAAUGAUAUUCCUUAUGAAGACCUACUCAACAAUGAUUUCAAUCCUGCAAACAGAGAUGCUAAAAUUGAUCAACUAGGCAUUGAACAGUGUCUUGAAUCCCAAAAGAUUGCUAACCAAUUACCUAUUCAUACAAUCUUUGUAUCACCUCUGAGGAGAGCUUUGAUGACAGCAUACUACGUGUACAAAGAUCAUCCUGAUUUUUCCUCAAUAAAGCUAACCCUGCUUCCUUCUCUUAGAGAAUCAAUCAGCAUAAUCUCUGACAUUCCUUCAAAUAUCGACGAAGUCAUCGAAGAAUUCAAAGAGCUGAUUCCUCAGUUAGACAUAGCUGAACUGAGUACUCUUUAACCCCAAUUUUGGCAACCUUAAAUCCCUUAGUCCCUUCAACUCA